AUGCAAGAAGAUAUCAAUAUUCUCAAUACAGAUGAGCUGUAUAAAGACAACUACAAUGUAAAAUUUAUUUAGAAACAUGAAUUGAAUGAAACUUUAAGGACUUCCGAAGAUCUCAUAGAGAAAGCCCAAGCCUUAAGAAAAUAUGCUAAAAAUCAGAAUUGCACAGAAAUCGAUGAUCUCUUUGGCAAAAUAUUCAAUUAUUUAAAAAAUGAUGACCCUCAAGUCAAAUACGAGUGCAUCCACGCUCUUACUCAUAUUCUUACUCCCCCUCUUUUAAACUGGAACAAAUAUAGAUAAACUGCUUUUUUUGGGUACUUUAGUGGAUAAAUUUUUUCAAUAGAAAAAUUAGUUUUGGCCUAAUUUAACAGAAAAAACUCAAUUAAAAUAUUAUUUUAAACAGUUUUCAUUAAUUUUUGAAUUAAUUCUUCAUAAAAAUAAAUUGAAAUUUCAAGCAUAUUGGGUUCAAUUUAAUUUUUAUGAAUUUAAAAAAAAUUUAUUAAAUAAAAAUUUAAUAAAAGUUUCUAUUAAAAAUAUUUAAUCCCUUUAAAUUGAAACCCCAAUUUCAAGAGGUGAGUUAUAAAAAAUUACAAGACAAUAGACUUUGAUUUACUCCAUAAACUUUUUGAUGAGCACUUUACAUAUCUAGUUACUCAUAAUUCAAAGGAGAUACAGAAAAUAACUAUGAAAUUCUUAAGCCUUGCUUUAGAUUUACCUUAUCACCCCAAAUAUAUAGAGAAUUUCAAUGCAUUUGUAGAUUACAUCUCCGAAAGCACUGAUGAAGAAGGUAAAGCUUAUGCUGCAGAAAUUUUGCAAACUUUAUCAUUUGAUGAAAUUGAAGAGAAUGAUGCUCUUAAACUUAUUCCAGUCCUUAUUAAAACGCUAGAGACAUCAUCAGAAAAAGAUCUAACAAUUUACUCAAUUAGAAUGCUUAACGAUCUACUCUAUAGAUUCAAUGAUAAAGCUCUUGCAAUAGCCAUGGAAAAUGUUAAUUUACCAGGAAUUAUUUUAAAUAAAUUAUGAAAUCAAGAUGAAGAAGUAAGACAGCCUACUAUAAAAGUGCUAGAGCAAUUAAAAAAGAGUGAAUUUUUUUCCCUUUAUCUUGCUGAUUCAAGUUUAAUGACACUUAUUGCUUUGCUAAGAAACGAUAAAUUAGACAUAAUAGUCCCUAUAGCUAAAAUAACCCACGAAUUAGCAAGCCAAGGUCCUGAGUUUCGCAAUAAAAUGAUGAUUCACGGAAUAGCUCCAUUUCUAAUUGAUUCUUUAGCUUCCCAUAAUCAAGAAGUAAAAGGCGAAAUGCUAAAAAUUAUUUGGAGCUUUGCGAUUGAGAUGAAUUAUACUCAUAUAAUGGAACUUGUAGAAAAUAAUUUAAUUAGUGUUCUGUGUAGAAUUGCGGAAAGAGAUUAUGAGCAUAGGGAAAAAGCUUUGGAUUGCUUGGAGAUUUUACUAAAUUCAGGUGACGAAAUAUGUAAAGCAGUUGCGGGAUCAUGCAGAUUUUCAAAACUUUUAUCUAAGCUUGUGGAUGAAGAUCAAAAGAAUAGGGAAACCUGCAUCAGGAUAUUAAAAAAUCAUUAUCCAAAUGUUCCUAUUCAUAAGCCUCAACCAUAUCUAAAUCCAUUCAGUAAUAAUUCUUCAAUUUUUUAUCCAUCGAACCCUCAAUUGCCAGUGACUCCAAAUUUUGCACAAGCAAAUAAUUUGCAAAAUAAUAUAUUUCAUAUAAAUCCUCACUCCCCCAUCCGUGAGCGAACAAAAAUAUCUCGCUCGCUCACGGAGGGUGUUAAUUAUUUUUUUAAAAAAAAUUUAUAUAUAAAUUUUAUAGAUUUUUUUUUUUUUCGAAAUUUAAUUCGCAAAAAUUAGAAAGCAAAUAUUAAUUUAAUUUAUAAAAUUUAUGUCUUAAAGCGCAAUUUGUUUAAAAUUAAACAGAAUUAGUCAGAGAUUUCAUUGCAAUAAUUGUCACUUAUAUAUAAAAAUGUUUUUAUUAAAGCAAUUUUUGUUCGCUCACGGAGGGAUUGGUGGCAUAGGGAUUUUCUGCUUGACACUUCCGAGGAGGAAGACCUAUAGGUGGCACAACGCACAGGAGUCAAUUUUUGAGCAAGACUACGCAGGCCGUGUGACCUGGCCUUCGCUGGCCGUCAUUUGCUUAGGAUGGUCAAACCACCCGAUAAAAAGGGUGACGUCUGAAAUGCCCGGUGACUUCACUAGUUGGAGUCUACUGGGGUGAGCCGUAGUGGCUUAUUUAAAUCAUCCUGCGGAACCAGGGAAGCACGUUAAACACUCUAAUUAAUCUAAGUUCUAAGUUAGCUCACUGAGGGUGGGGUUUUGGGCAAAAAAUAGGGAUUUUUCUAAUGGCUUUGUUCACUCAAGGAGGGGGAGGAGUCAGCAACCUCAAACACAAUUAGUAAACAGCCAAGCAGCUCCAAAUAAUUUAAACGAUGGCUCUCAACAGCCAUUAAAUCAAAAUAAGCAAAUCAAAAUGGUUCAAGCUAAAUUAAGCACUCAAAAUUUAAGCAAGAAAAAAGAAAAAAAGAAAGCCCAUAAAAGUGAAAAGAAGAAUACUUAUUUUAAAGCAGGAAAAGGCAAAAAUACUGCAGGAGGCAAUAGACAAAAACAAAUUUUUCCUCCUGGAAAAAUCUUAAGAAAAUUAAGAGAAACAAAAUACCGAGUUAGUAAAAGCUGCGGCCACUUUUUAAGUGGCGUUUUCGAGUAUCUAUGCUCUGAAGUUUUAGAAUCUGCAGCAAUCUCCGUGAAAGGAGAGAAAAAAAAAUUAAUUCAAGCAAGACAUCUCCUGAAAGCUGUAAAAUCUGACGCUGAGCUUGAUUCAUUAGUAGGCGAAGCUGUAUUUGCACAAGCUGGCUAUAUUCCUAAAUAUCAUAAUUAA